AUGUCAAGCGUCAAAGGAUGGCCGCGGUCGGGUGGGCCGGAGAAGAACUUGACGGGAAGGGUGGAGGCGGCGCUCUCGCCGGAGACAGUGAGAUGGGAGUGGAGGGGCGGAACGCGGAGGGGGGAAAGCGGCCGUGCGGACAAUGGAAUGGAGGACGACCAGAGCAGGCUUGACCUGGAGUGUGCGGGCGGAGACUCACUGGAGAAAGAUAGCACACCACAGCACGUGGGUGCCGACAAUGGCGAAUGCCACGCACUGUUUGGCCACAAAGUGUUGCACAAUAUAUCUUUUUCACUUCUCAAGUCCAUCACAAGGAAUUUCUCUGAAGCUCAGGAAGUCGGCAGGGGCGGGUUCGGGGUGGUCUACAAGGGAGUGCUUCCAAGUGGUCGCACCAUCGCCGUGAAGCAGCUCUUCGAAAGGUACGAGAUCCUGGACAAGACUUUCGAUAGCGAGAUCGACUGUAUUGCAGGUCUCAAGCACAAGAAUACGGUGCGAUUUCUCGGGUACUCCUCUGAGACGCAGCGUGUACGAAGACUGUGCGACGGGAAGCUUCAGUGGGUACGCAGCCGGCAGAGGCUGCUCUGCUUUGAGUACCUGCCCAAAGGGUGUCUUGCUCCCUAUCUCUCCGAUGCAUCUUGCGGACUUCAUUGGACCACACGUUAUCAAAUAAUCAAGGGGAUCUGUGAGGGUGUACAUUAUCUUCACCAGCACCGUAUUAUUCACAGGGACUUCAAACCUCAGAAUGUACUAUUGGAUGAUAACAUGGUUCCCAAAAUUGCGGAUUUCGGUCUAUCGCGACACUUAAAUGAAAGCCAGAGUCGGGAUAUUACUGAAAACAAGUUUGGGACAAUGGGAUAUAUGGCACCAGAAUUCUUCAAUAAUGGAGAAAUCACAUUCAAGACAGACGUAUAUAGUCUGGGUGUUAUAAUCAUGGAGAUACUUAUGGGACAUAAGGAGUGCUCCAAUGUUAAGGAGAUAGUUGAAAGUUGGACGAACAAAUUCAGGACAUCAGAUAGCCAUACAACCUUGGAAGAAGUAAAAGUAUGUGCUGAGAUAGGGAUAAAAUGCAGGAACUAUGACCCCCGGAACAGGCCUGCUACAUGGUCUAUCAUCCGUGGAAUACUGGAUGAAGCGGAAAUUUCGAACUGGUCUGUUACAAGUGAUGUAGCUACCUCUACAGAAGGGCAGAUAAGACUUGCCUCCAAGCGGUUGGAUGAGCUGAAGUUGAUGGAUGAUUCUGCUACACCAUCCCAACAGCAACCAUCAACGCUGGAAGUGGAGCAGGAGGGUGGCAAAGUGAGCCAAGAGAGGAAGAGGAAGGCAUCAACCGUGAGUGUCGUGACUGGGCUGAUGAGUACCCUCAGUGGCAAGCUU